CCUUCCAUUCUCUCUUCUUCUCUCUCUCUCUCUCUCUAUAACUUGCACUCUCUUUGUAGAAGUUGUAGCCGGAAAAUGGAGAAAGGAGAGACCUCCAUGGCCGAAGAGCAACAACAAACCGAAGAAACGGCCACGACCCAUCAUUUGACGAUCCCACCUGUUCUGACCCAGGACGAGUUCGACGAGUUGAGACCACUGAUCAUCGAGUUCCACUCAUACCGAGUCAACACCGGCCAAUGCUCAUCCCUACUUGCCCAACGCAUCCACGCGCCACCUGACACCGUCUGGUCCGUCGUCCGACGCUUCGACAAUCCUCAAACCUACAAGCACUUCAUCAAGAGCUGUGCCGUGAAAGAAGACUUUAAAAUGACGGUAGGUGACACUCGUGAGGUGAACGUCAUAUCGGGUUUGCCAGCGGCGACUAGUACAGAGAGAUUGGAUAUUCUUGACGAUGACCGCCACAUCACGGGGUUUAGUAUCAUCGGCGGCGAGCAUAGGCUGAGUAAUUAUCGGUCGAUCACCACGGUGCAUGGGUUUGAGCGUGAGGAGAGGAUCUGGACCGUGGUCUUGGAAUCGUACGUCGUGGAUGUGCCGGAGGGUAAUUCCGACGAGGAUACGACACUGUUUGCCGAUACGGUGGUGAGGUUGAACCUGCAGAAGCUAGCGUCGGUCAGCGAAGGUAUUGCACGCUAGGCCGCCGACGGCCAGUCUCAGGUGAAGAUGUAAAUUAAAAAAAUAGCAUUGCCGGGGAAAAAAAAUUAAAAAUAGUUUCUUUUUUUAAUUUCAUCCAGUUGUUUAUUUUUAAUGUGUUAGGUUUUGUUUUUGAUUGUGAAAUCCCCAGAACGUCCUUUGUCUCAAAUGGGAGAUGGGCUUUUUUUUUUUUUUUUAUAUCUGUGUUACUAGUUACAUGGGUUGGGAAGGGCAUUAUAGACAAUGUGGAUGCAUAAAAAUGCUUGAUAUGAGGUUGGUGGUGUAAUUUUGUUUGGUUCUUUUU